CCUUGGCAAGGAGUGAGCUUCCAGGAUCUCUCCGCUGCGACUUCGGGUGUUAGCGUUUUCGGGCCCUUUCCGGGACCCAAGUUCCAGCACACGAAGGUCGGCCCCGCGGCCGGCCUCGGGCCCCGCCCACUUUGGCCAGGGUCUGAGCGGCGCGGAGCGGGAGCCGGAGCCCGAGCGGCCGCGGCCCCUUUAAGGAGCCGCUCUGCGGUAACCCGAGCCCGCAGUCCAGGCGGGCGCGGCGGCCGCGGCGGUAGCUGGAGCCUCGGCGACUGCACCUCCGAGCGGCCCGGAGCCCGCGGCUUCCCCGGCUCCCGCCAGCAUCUCGCGGGGCGGCCCUGGCCGGCGCCAGCCCUCGAGCCGGGCCGGAUGACCGGACGCCUGUAGCCACCCGCCGCCUCUCCCGGCUCCGCGCCGCCGCCGCCCGCGCGCCCCUCGCCCCGGGACUCGGCACAGGUGCAGAACUCACACAGAUGAAAUGAUGGGACAGAUACAGAAGAGGGGACUUUCCACCAGUUCUGUGCACUUCAAAGCAAAAUGAUUGGUUUUAAGGAAGAGGAAAUGUACAAGGAGUAAACCUGGAGAUGUUGAAGAAAUAUGGAUGUCAACACGAAAUUGCUCAUCAGCAUUAUUUCUACCAGCUUUUUUACCUUUCAGCUUCUCUUCUACUUUGUAAGUUACUGGUUUUCAGCAAAAGUUUCUCCAGGUUUCAAUAGUCUCAGCUUUGAAAAGAAGAUUGAAUGGAACUCAAGGGUAGUAUCCACAUGCCAUUCUUUGGUGGUUGGUAUUUUUGGCUUGUACAUUUUCUUCUUUGAUGAGGCUACUAAAGCUGAUCCACUUUGGGGUGGUCCAUCACUUGCAAAUGCAAAUGUUGCUAUUGCUUCAGGCUACCUCAUUUCUGAUUUGUCCAUUAUAAUUUUGUAUUGGAAAGUGAUUGGUGACAAAUUUUUUAUAGUACAUCAUUGUGCGGCCCUGUAUGCAUACUACUUUAUACUGAAAGAUGGAGUGCUGGCAUACAUUGGGAAUUUUCGCCUGCUUGCAGAGCUUUCCAGCCCUUUUGUGAAUCAGCGGUGGUUCUUUGAAGCUCUGAAGUAUCCCAAGUUUUCCAAAGCUAACGUUGUCAAUGGAAUACUCAUGACAGUCGUGUUCUUCAUCGUGCGGAUUGCCUCAAUGCCUCCUCUUUACAGCUUCAUAUAUUCUGUGUAUGGAACGGAACCUUACAUGAGGCUUGGAUUUUUAAUCCAGUGUUCCUGGAUCAUUAGUUGUGUUGUUUUGGAUGUGAUGAAUGUCAUGUGGAUGAUCAAAAUUUCAAAAGGUUGCAUCAAAGUCAUCUCUCUCAUCAGACAAGAGAAGGCCAAAAAUAGUCUUCAGAAUGGAAAACUUGAUUAAAGGAAUGCUACUGAUAAGCAAACUUUGUUACUACCCAGCAUUAUAACUGCUGAUUGGAUGAAUUCUUGGCAUGUUCUUGUGUAUCUUUAUUAAUUAUAAUUGUUAUUCAGG